GGUAAGCCAUUGCUCGCCUUAGAGAGCAAAGAUCAUGAAUACCAAUUCUUGUAGCGCCUUUCUAAUGAUCACUCUUUUGAUGCCACUGAUCACUUCGGCGUUAGUUUUUGUUGAUGCUGAAAUCAUGGACUACCCCUCAUUUGUUGAUGGCCCGAAAUCUUGGAGAAUCCCUCCAUCAUCUGACUAUAAUUUCAGGGAGUCAUUUGGUGUGAAGCCGAUCCUUGUUAAUGGGACGUUUGUCUGUGGUUUCCAUUGCAGCUAUGAUGGUGACAAUUGCCUAUUUGCUAUCUCCAUCUUCAGCACGAGUUACGAUGGUCAUAUCAGAUCUUCUCCACAAGUGGUAUGGUCGGCUAAUAGAGGCUAUCCAGUUGAGAGUCAAGCACAGUUGCAACUCACUCAUGAUGGCAAGUUUUGGUUGUUAGAUGCUUACAAUGUUUCUGUUUGGGACGCACUCAUCUUUGAUACGUCAAGGUUAAACUUGAGUGCGGAGGGAAACCUCAUGCUGCUUAACAAAGCCAGUGACAUGGUUUGGCAGUCAUUUCACCACCCAACGGACUCUUUAGUUCUUGGUCAAAGUUUAAUGCUACAGCAUCCAUUGACGACCAAUGUAUCGCUACCGAAUUCAAGUAUUGUUUCGUAUGAAUUUGCUAUCAAUGCUUCUGUUAACUACACUGCUUCUUUGGUUACUUAUGGUGAACCCACUUUCACUGCUUCUAUGGUAACUUAUGGUGAAUCCACUGCAUCUAUGGAUCCCUAUUACGUAAGUCCUAUCUUGUCUUAUGUUGAUCUUGAAUUCCAAAAAGGAAAGUUCGGGAGUUUCCCGUGCCAGCCUCAGCUAAGUUUAUACAGUUGGGAAGUGAUGGCCACUUGAAGGCAUAUGAGUGGAAAGAUCCCAAGUGGGAGGGCACUGAUCUACUCCCCAUUGAUCCAUGUAGUUAUCCAUUCGCAUGUGGAAAUUAUGGCGUUUGCUUAAAAGAGGGAUGCAGUUGCCCUGUUGAUGCAAAUGAAAAUGGAACUACUUAUUUUAAGCCAAUAAAUUAUACAAAGCCAGAUCUUGGAUGUUAUGCAGUUUCACCAAUCUCUUGUGAGAGUUCUAUUCAUCAGAGUUUUCUCGAGCUACAAGGCUACAAUUUUCAUCCCGUGAAAAAAUAUUUGAUCUCUGAGACAAAAACUUUAAAAGAAUGUAAAGCACUCUGUUUAAACAACUGUUCUUGCGAAGCCUUU